ACUUCAGACUUGGAGGUGGGCUGCGUGUGCACGAAACUGGAAUGCUUUCCCUCUCUCGCUCCUGCUCGGUCUAAGAGUGCUCUGAAACAGGACCAGCUCGCUGGGUACUGCAGCUGCUGUGGGCUUUGUGUGUUCUGGACCUGCCGAGGAAGGGGGUGGAUUCUUUCAGUUAACAAUCAGUGGGAUUACAGCUGGAGCUGGGCAUUGUAUAUAGGAUUUCCUUUUUUCCUUCAGCUUUCUGGUUAAUUAAGUGACCGAGGAUUUUUUAGAAGACAUAUUUGGAAGAAAUAUAGCUUGUUCUCUUUUAUAUUUAUCAAGAAGAACAUCUAAAUUUCAUCUUCUUUCUUGUCUCAAAAAAGAAAAUUUAUGCUUCUGUAACAAGAAGAAAUACUCCACCAGAAAUUUUGAAAAAUUACAAAAAAGCAAAAACUGGAAAUAGCUAUUUCACUGCAGGUAUGCAGACCUCAGGAUAUAGCUACUCAACAAAGUUUAUACUUGGGUAACUUUAUACAGGAAGAGAAUUUGGGGGGGGCAACUGCCUGAAAAACCUAUUAUUAUAUAGGCCUUAACAUCAUGAAUGGUUUUCUUCAUGUGGAUCUGAAAUCACUAUCUCUGACACUACACAGAAGAGGAUAUAAGAAUUUCAAAGAAGGCAACUUCCAUUAAGGCAUUAAACUAUACAAAAGAAACUCUUGACACAGAGAUUCUAUUUGAAGGGGAAAAAACAUAUAGGAAGCCAUGUGUUGCACAUAGUAACAGGAAGCUGAAUUGUUUCCAUCCUACAAUCUAAUGCACUUGUCGACCGUGAUGAACAACUGCUGGAAUGUUCACUGAGAACAGUGAGCCUUGUCAGGAGGUAUAUGCUGCAGAGCACCCUUCAAAUAAACAGUCAAGAAGCAACUUCAUGGACUGAACAAGAAAAGCCUUCUCCAGGAAAGCAAUUUAUGCCACUGGAUCCCUGUCAGCACAGAUUUUACUUAAAUCUCUAAAUAAGGGCACUGAAAUCAAGAGAAAAAGAUUUCUGUGAAGACCUCAACACUGCUGACCAUGAUCAAUCCAACCUGGAGCAUCUUCCUAAUUUGGACUAAAAUAGGGCUAUUCCUUAAAAUAGCACCCCAAUCAGUCAUGGCCAAAUCCUGCCCUUCUGUGUGUCGCUGUGAUGCAGGAUUCAUUUAUUGUAAUGAUCGUGAGCUAACAUCCAUUCCUACAGGAAUCCCAGAGGAUGCUACAACCCUCUAUCUUCAGAACAAUCAAAUAAAUAAUGCAGGGAUUCCUUCAGAGCUAAAAAACUUACUAAAAGUAGAAAGAAUAUACUUAUACCACAACAGUUUAGAUGAGUUUCCAACUAACCUCCCAAAAUAUGUUAAAGAAUUACAUUUACAAGAAAACAAUAUAAGGACCAUUACUUAUGAUUCACUGUCAAAAAUUCCUUAUCUAGAAGAACUACAUUUGGAUGAUAACUCUGUUUCAGCUGUUAGCAUUGAAGAUGGAGCCUUCCGGGAUAACAACUAUCUCAGACUGCUUUUUCUAUCCCGGAAUCACCUUAGUACCAUUCCCUGGGGUUUACCUAGGACUAUAGAAGAGCUGCGCUUAGAUGAUAAUCGGAUAUCCACAAUUUCAUCACCAUCUCUUCAAGACCUUACUAGCUUAAAACGGCUGGUUUUAGAUGGAAACCUAUUAAAUAACCAUGGAUUAGGAGACAAAGUCUUCAUGAAUCUUGUCAAUUUAACAGAAUUGUCAUUGGUUCGAAAUUCCCUUACUGCCGCACCAGUAAAUUUGCCAGGAACAAACCUGAGAAAGCUUUAUCUUCAAGAAAACCACAUCAACCGGGUGCCCCCAAAUGCUUUUUCUUAUCUUAGGCAAUUGUACCGAUUAGAUAUGUCCAAUAAUAACCUAAGUAACUUACCUCAGGGCAUCUUUGAUGAUCUGGAUAACAUAACUCAAUUGUUUCUUCGAAACAACCCAUGGUACUGUGGUUGCAAAAUGAAAUGGGUACGAGACUGGUUACAGUCUUUACCAGUGAAAGUUAAUGUCCGUGGUCUUAUGUGUCAAGCACCAGAAAAAGUUCGUGGAAUGGCUAUAAAGGACCUCAAUACAGAACUAUUUGAUUGUAAAGACAGUGGGAUUGUAAGCACCAUUCAGAUAACUACUGCAACACCCAACACACUAUAUCCUGCUCAAGGACAGAGGCCAGUUUCAGUGACCAAACAACCUGAUGUAAAGAAUUCCAAACUCAAUAAGGACUAUCGUACCACAGUGAGUCCAGUGAGGAAAAUUAUUACAAUUACUGUGAAAUCUGUAAGCACUGAGACUAUUCGUAUUUCUUGGAAACUUGCACUACCAAUGACUGCUUUAAGACUCAGUUGGCUCAAACUGGGUCACAGUUCUGCAUUUGGAUCUAUAACUGAAACAAUAGUCACAGGAGAUAGGAAUGAAUACUUAGUCACAGCCCUCGAGCCAGAUUCACCAUAUCGAGUAUGCAUGGUUCCCAUGGAAACCAGUAAUCUCUAUCUCUCUGAUGAAACCCCAGUUUGUAUAGAAACUGAAACUGCACCCCUAAAAAUGUACAAUCCCACAACAACUCUCAACAGAGAACAAGAGAAAGAACCUUACAAAAAUUCCAAUCUACCUUUGGCUGCCAUUAUUGGGGGUGCUGUGGCACUAGUGGCCAUUGCAUUGCUUGCUUUGGUGUGCUGGUAUGUGCACAGAAAUGGAUCCCUAUUCUCAAGGAACUGUGCUUAUAGUAAAGGGAGGAGGAGAAAAGAUGACUAUGCUGAAGCUGGAACUAAGAAGGACAACUCCAUCCUGGAAAUCAGGGAGACUUCUUUUCAGAUGUUACCAAUAAACAAUGAACCAAUAUCUAAGGAGGAGUUUGUAAUACACACCAUAUUUCCACCUAAUGGAAUAAAUCUGUAUAAAAGUAACCACAGUGAAAGCAGUAGUAACAGAAGCUACAGAGACAGUGGUAUUCCAGAUUCUGAUCAUUCCCAUUCAUGAUACUGAGAGACUCAAAAGACUUUAUUUUGGUUUUUUUUUAAACCCAAGGGAGGUGACUGUGGGUACCUGUUCUACUGCUAAACACUGGAUUAAAGACUGAAAAAAAGCAAUGUACUGUACAUUUGCCAUAUAAUUUAUAUUUAAGAACUUUUUAUUAAAAGUUUCAAAUUUCAGGUUACUGCUGCGAUUAAUGUAGUGGAGAUACCUGACCACAAUUCUAUAUUUUAGUAUUUUUUAGUAAUUUGUACUGUAUUUUCCUUGCAAAUAUUGAAGUUACAAACCAUUUACUUUUGUGUUCUACUGAGUAAUAUGACUUGUUGACUGUGAAAGUGAAUUUUCUUGCUGUGUUGAACAAUCAGGACUUUGCAUUCACUUGAGAUCCUUGUAGUAUAAGCACAGGCCAUUUUCCACUUUGGUAUUAAUAAAAUGUAAAAACUGGCUGAUUGAGAAAAAAUAUAAUUGCAAACAUUCACAAAACAAUGUGCAGGCUAUCAAAUAUGUACACCCCAAUGCAAUUCAAUAAACAGAAGUUUGUGAAGUAAUGGGCAAUAUCAACUUUCUGAAUAUCACCGUUUUAUCUGUAAGCAAAUUAGACAU